CCGGACAGCAGUCGAGAUAAAGAGCCGGAUACGCUAUGUUCUUGGUACUCUUCGCCGCCGUGGCCAGCGCGGCCGUCGCCCUUCCCCAGUACCCAGCCCCUGCCCCGGACCCCUCGCCGGCCUACGCCCUCCCCUCCUCCCGGGUCGCGGACCAGGUGGUGGAGGUCGUGCCCAUCCUGAGGGACGACCGAGUCCAAGAGGACGACGGCAGGUACAACUUCGACGUCGAGACCGGCAACGGCAUCACCGCCUCGGAGUCUGGCUCUCCCGACGGUCCCGAGGGCGCGGUUGUCAAGGCCGGCCAAUACGCCUACACCGCUCCUGACGGCUCCCUGAUCGAAGUCAAGUUCAUCGCCGACGAGAACGGCUUCCAGGCGGAGGGCGCCCACCUGCCCGUGGCUCCCGAGUUCCCCCACCCGAUCCCUCAGUUCGUCCUCGACCAGAUCGCCUUCGCCGCCGAGGAGGACGCCCUUGCUGCAGCUGAGACCAGGGAUUCCUCGCCUUCCCAGCUGUACCAGAGGCCGUAGAUGUGUUGUAGUGUUCGCUGUAGAUAACGACUUGGAGGAAACUUUUGUGAAAACCUUUGUACAUACUUAAUUUAUUCUGUGUGAGUGGCAUUGUAGGUGUACUAGAAUAGAAUGCAAAACAUUG